AUGAAUAAUACUGCACUUGCCUAAAUCAGGAAAUUAUAAACUGGGGAAAACAGAUAUUGCUUUGAGUGUCAGACAGGAAGUCCAACAUGGGCUAGCUUACCAUAUGGAAUCUAUCUUUGUUACAAUUGUUCAGGGUUUCAUAGAGGAAUGGGUGUUCAUCUUACAUUUGUAAGAUCAAUUGAAAUGGAUUCAUGGACUGAUAAAUAAUUGGCAAUGAUGCAUUUAGGUGGAAAUCAACAGUUAAGAGUCUUCUUUUAAUCACAUGGAAUUCAAAUUACAGAUUCUAAUAAAUGGAAAACUAAUGCUGCCCAUUAUUAUAGAGAAAAAGUAAAUUAUCAUAUCUCUAAUUAUUUAAGAUGAAGGCAUAAGUUAAUGAAACAUAGAUGCCUGAAAUACCUAAUGAUUGGACAGCCAUUCAAGAAACACCAAAACCAUAAAUUUAAUAAUAAUUACCUUUAAUUUAACAAGAACUUCCUUAAGAAUAAAAUGUAGACAUUAUCGCUUAUCAUAGUUCUGGGAAUAAGCAUCAAAAACAACAAAGGAAGCGUUUGUUAUUUUCGAUGAGAAGAUUUCUAAAGUUCAAAUUAAAGAAGAAGCAGUAUAAUUUGGAUAAUCAAUUUCAGCAAAAACUAAAUAAUUCGGAGUAAAUCAUCAUAAUAAUCAUAGGAAAAAUCUACUCAAAUUGCAGAUAAGGCAUAUAAGAGUUUAAAAAGUGGAUUUAAUGAGGCAUUUAGUUUUAUAAAAUAAAAAGCAGAUUAAGUUAUUGGAAAAGAUAAAUAAUCAUAGCCAGAUUAAUAAGUAAAUUAGUAAUAAUAAUAAUAAUAAUAGUAAUAAUAAUAAUAAUAAUAAUAGUAAUAAUAAUAAUAAUAAUAAUAGUAAUAAUAAUAAUAAUAGUAAUAAUAGUAAUAGCAAUAAUAAUAAUAAAAAUAAUAAUAAUUAUAGCCACAAUCUUAAUCCUAAUACUAAUAAUAAGAUAAUUAUUUUUUUGAUAAUCAAUUAUAAGGCUAUCAAUUUUAGAUUGAUAAUUAAAACGAUAAGCAAAUUAGAGAGAGUUAAGAUUUAUUUUCUUUUGAAAAUAAUGAUAAAUAAAAUUCUCCUCCAAAAAACUAGAAUUAAUAAUAAUAAUAAUUGAAUAUAAUGGAUUAUUCAGAUUAUUUCAAUGAUGGACCUAAUUCAACUGUUAUUUAUGAAACUCCCAUAAAUAAUUAGUAGAAAAUUUAGUCUGAAAAUUUAAUUGAUUUAAUGCAAGAUAUAAAAUAACCUCAUCAAAUAAGUGGUACACCCAAUUUACUUGAUUUAUGA